GCCUCCUCCAUUAAACAUCUUUUCCCUGCCGUAAGUUGAGUUCACUUCGGCGCCAAACGAAACACACAGUCACACACUCGCACCAGGAGACGCCAUGGCACGGAUCAAGGUUCACGAGCUGAGGCAGAAAACAAAGACGGAGCUUUUGGCUCAGCUUAAGGAUCUCAAAGCUGAGUUGGCCCUCCUCCGAGUCGCUAAAGUCACCGGCGGCGCCCCAAACAAGCUCUCCAAGAUUAAGGUUGUACGCUUGUCAAUUGCCCAAGUGCUGACCGUGAUUUCCCAGAAGCAGAAGGCGGCAUUGAGGGAGGCUUACAAGAACAAGAAGUAUUUGCCUCUUGACCUCCGCCCCAAGAAGACCAGAGCCAUCCGCCGUCGUCUUACCAAGCACCAGGUAUGCCCUGCUUCUGCUAUAUUGAAAGGGCUUUGUGGUUUUCAUUGUUACUCUCUGUCUAAUUUCUGGUUACUUUGUUGGGUCGUGCGAAUAUGUUCGAAUUUAGUCAUUUUAUUUUUCUGCUGUCUUUCUUUGAAACUGAAAACUUUAAAUUAGGCAUUGCUCAGGAAUUUACUAUGAUAUAUAUAAUAUUAAUUUGUUUUAUGUAUUGGGCAUUUGUUGUUAAUCAACCCGUGAUAGGUAGUUACAGACCCGACAAUGUCUCGUUGCUAUGAAUGGCAAUGUUAAGCUUGUAAGUUUUGUGAUUGUAGGAUUGUUUGGGCAAAGUGCAGUGAAAUGGUAAGUUGGCAUUGUUUUCUUGGGUUCAUUUUCGUGAGCCUGUUAUCAUGUACAUUCACAUCUGCAUAUGUGCAUAUGUGCCACUGUAGGAUUGCUUUAGUAAAGUGUAGUGAACAAAGUUGGAUUGUUUAUUUGGCACCAUGUCUCUGGACUUGUUCUUAUUUCUCGUGCCUCUGCAUAUGUCCGUACGUUUUUGUGAAGUUGCUGAUUGCGUGAUUGUGAGAUAGUUUUAGUGAGGUGCAGUUGAAUGGAAACUCAGAUUGUUUUACUUGGGGCCAUUUAUCUGAACUUUUACUUAUGUACAUUUACAUUUACUUUUGCAUGUGUCCGUAUAUGUGUGAAGUUUCUGAUUAAGAUGUAAGUAAUCAUUGGCUUUGUUCCACUGGUAAACAUUUAUGUUGUUCCAUUGACUUUCUGGUCUUGCUUUGUCCCGUCAUGGUCCUGAUUAUGGAAUACUAUCUUAAAUAGUGGGAUAGCUGUCUACUCUGAAAGAAGAGUUUGGAAUUGCUUAAUGCUUAUACAAUGUUUGAUGUUUGUAUUGGUGUGUAUAGUGGUUUGGAUAUCCAUACAUGCAUUUUCUCUUUAGUAGUAGAAGACCCCAGGACUGAUUGCGUUUGAAUGUGUGCGCUCAAGCUACUGUUGCAUUUUGCAGGCUUCUUUGAAGACAGAGAGGCAGAAGAAGAAAGAAAUGUACUUCCCAAUGAGAAAGUAUGCGAUUAAGGUUUAAAUUUAUGUUUUUUGGAGAGAGUUGGUGUUCUAUCUACUACACUCAGAUGUUUUGUUUCAUUAAGUUAGACCUUCCUUUAGGCCAAAGAAGGAUCAUUCCGAUGAACUUAUUUUCCAAUAUUUCUUUUCAUCCUCCUUAAAUGCGACUAUGUUGUUGGUACUUAGUAGCGAAGAUCAAAAUUUUCCUCGUGUCUUGAGAAGUAUCAUAGAUUACUCACCUCAUGUUUAGAAUCUUCCUGAUUUUAUUUGUGUGCAUCUGUAUGUCUAUUUCCAUUUUGAAUGUGAAAGCCUGUUUCCAUGUUUAAACUUUAAAGGAAAGGAUCGAUGGGUAAAGUUCUGAAGCUUCCUUUAAAUCUACUUGUUGGAUGUUUAGUCAAUGCGAUUGAUAAUCCUUGCUCAACCUGUAUAAAAAUGAUGAAAAUGAUGUCUCUAAAUUGCAUUGCAUGAUGGUUUUAAGUUUUCUUAUCUAUGUUGUGGAGAUCCAUGUUCCGGAUUCUAAAUGAAUGAUUUUGAUGGCUCUAUUAUCAGUUUCACUUGUUUAUCAUUUAUUCAGAGAUUCCACUCUUUCAAAAAUGUUAUUGACAAACAGAAUUCCACUGCUUAAACAACAUUUUUGGGACGUUCUUUUUGAGAACUGAACGAGGCAAUCGGUUACUGAUCUGUAUAAACAGUGCACAGCUCUCAUCCAAACUAAUUUGCCCAAAAGGAG